GCGCGCUUGUUCAGUGUCACCUCUGGAAGGAGGUACUCUUUGUUGUGCUAUUUAUUUAUUUAUUGUAGUCUUUUCAAAUUGUAUUUAAAACAACAUGCUCGGAUUAUGCCUGUACGUCCCCGUCUCCAGCGCUGACCUGGUUGAGGGCGAGUAUUUUGAGUCGAACGGUCUGCCGUCGGAGCUGAAGUCCGUCUUCCAGAAGCUCAGCGUAUUCCUGCCGUCGCAGGAGCUCUCCGACUACCAAAAGUGGCGAAAGAAAACCAUAAAAACUGAAGAAAAUGGCUCAGAUGGGCAGCUGGACUUCGAGGAGUUUGUUCACUAUCUGCAGGAUUAUGAGAAAGACCUGAAGCUUGUGGUGAAGAGCCUGAACAGGAAAAAUGCAGGUCACAUCGAUCCUAAAGAGUUCAUACAGUCUCUUCGGGACCUUGGUGUGCAUGUUUCCCAGCAACAUGCAGAGAAAAUUCUUAAGAGCAUGGAUAAAAAUGGACUGAUUACAAUUGACAGUAAAGAAUGGAGCAACAAUCCAGUAGUGGAGAAAACUGAGACUGCGCCAGAAAUCAUACUCUACUGGAAACAUUCUAUGAUAUUCGAUGUGGGUGAGAGCUUGAUGGUGCCUGAUGACUUCACUGAAGAAGAGAAGCUGACUGGGAUGUGGUGGCGACACCUGGUUGCAGGAGGAGGCGCUGGUGCCGUUUCAAGGAGUUGCACGGCUCCGUUAGACCGCCUCAAAGUCAUGAUGCAGGUUUAUAGUACCCGAACCAACAACAUGUGCAUCAUGAGCGGGAUGAUGCAGAUGAUUAAAGAAGGUGGUGUGAGGUCACUCUGGCGAGGAAAUGGGGUGAAUAUCAUCAAGAUUGCCCCAGAAACAGCACUUAAAUUCAUGGCGUAUGAGCAGAUCAAAUCUUUGAUCGGCAGCAACAAAGAGACUCUGAGCAUCUCCGAGAGAUUUGUGGCCGGCUCACUUGCUGGACUCAGCGCACAGACCACCAUCUACCCCAUGGAGGUCCUGAAAACUCGUCUUGCACUGAGGAAGUCUGGCCAGUACUCCGGCAUCACGGACUGUGCAAAGCAGAUUUUUAGGAAAGAAGGUCUCUCUGCGUUUUACAAAGGUUACAUUCCCAACAUGCUGGGCAUCAUCCCCUAUGCUGGCAUUGACCUUGCAAUUUAUGAGACACUAAAGAACCACUGGUUACAGCAGUACGGGACAAAUGGUACCAAUCCUGACAUUUUUGUCCUGCUGGCAUGUGGCACGGUUUCCAGCACCUGUGGUCAGCUCACCAGUUACCCUCUGGCAUUGAUCCGCACACGCAUGCAAGCACAAGCGACAUCCGAAUGCAGGCAGGAUGUGACUAUGACUGGGCUCUUCAGGCAGAUUGUGCAGACAGAGGGUCCCAAGGGCCUCUACAGGGGUCUGGCUCCUAACUUCCUCAAAGUAAUUCCUGCUGUCAGCAUCAGUUAUGUGGUAUACGAACAUGUGAAGACGUGGCUCGGAGGAAAAUCAUGCUGAAAGAUGACCAGCUGAGAUUAGAGGAUCCCAGGGACUGUCUGGCCCCUGGAGGCUCACUGAGCCAUCUCAUUCUGUGAAUGUUGGAAGAGGAACUUAGAGAAUUAUGGACUCUGUGAGCUCGGCGGGUGAUUGCUGCUAUUUUUAACGGUGGAAUUACGAGGACCAAUUGGGUAGCUGUUUCAGUGCCUGAGUUUUAUUCUCUCACACAUUACUAACUAUAGCCAGUAAACAGUGUCUGCUGAAAAA